GACUGCAUGUGGUCUACAUCUCGCUGCUCCCAUGGCAGGCUCUGGAGGUGCACGCUUUCAAAGUUUGACUAGGGAAUAGCCGGGCAGCAGUGGAGGCGGCAGCAGCAUCGCCCCGUAGGGAAACAGACUCAAGGAAAACAUCAUCUGAAGAGAGGAGCAAAAGACUGCAGCUCGCCUGGGAGUGUCCGACUCCGGCGAUAAGAACAAUGGGAGAGAUGGCUGAGCGGAUUUGCGAUUUAUAAAUGAGAAACACAAGAAGGUUAAUGUAACACAGUUUUCGCUGGAAGGAGGGACUCCCGGCUGCAGCCUGCCCCCCUCAGCCAUGCCGCUUGUAUUCCGCACGCUGCUGUUCGGCUUUGUAACGCUGCUCGUUGUGGUUUUGAUAAUUGAUGAUAUUGCAGAAGUGGAGGAAGAAACUGCAAGUCUUGGACAUUCAAAGAAGAUGAACUUGCAUCGGCUCAUCCCUAAACCGCACAGAAAGGCUGCAGCACACGUGGAUCCGACUGCUUUGACGAGAUCGAGCAAAGAUGUAAAUCGUCUCGGCCGGAGCUGCAAUAACACCGGCAAGCUUUCGUCAAACAACUGGACCUUCAACAAGACCCUCUCCAACCUCAUCAGAAAGAAUAUUCUGAGAUUUCUGGAUCCGGAGAGAGACAUCUCUAUCCUGAAGGGCACGCUGAAACCAGGAGAUAUCAUCCACUAUGUGUUUGAUCGCCACAGCACCACAAACAUCUCAGAAAAUCUCUACCGUCUUUUGCCAACUGUAUCCCCGAUGAAGAACCAACAUCACAGGCGCUGCGCCAUUGUGGGAAACUCUGGGAUCCUGCUGAACAGCAGCUGUGGGCCCGACAUCGACUCUCACGACUUUGUUAUCAGGUGUAACCUGGCACCAGUGGAGGAGUAUUCUCGGGACGUGGGAUGGCGGACCAACUUGGUGACUAUGAACCCUUCAGUGGUGCAGCGGGCCUUCCAGGACCUGGUCAGCGAAGAGUGGAGGGAUCGCUUCCUACAGCGGCUUCAAAGCCUCAGCGGCAGUGUGCUGUGGAUCCCGGCCUUCAUGGCCAAGGGGGGAGAGGAGCGUGUGGAGUGGGCCCUUCGUCUCAUCCUGUUGCACACUGUGGACGUACGCACCGCCUUUCCCUCGCUGCGACUUCUCCACGCUGUCAGAGGGUACUGGCUAACCAACAAUGUCCACAUCAAGCGUCCGACUACUGGGCUCCUCAUGUACACGAUGGCCACUCGCUUCUGUGAAGAGAUCCAUCUUUACGGCUUUUGGCCCUUCCCACUCGACCCGCAUGGCAAACCAGUGAAAUACCACUACUACGAUACUCUAAAGUACGAGUACACGUCCAGCUCCAGUCCUCACACCAUGCCUUUGGAGUUCAGGACCCUGAGCGCGUUGCACAGACAGGGGGCACUCCGGCUCCACACUGGGACCUGUGAUGCCGAGAGGAGACCACAGAAGGAGCUACAGAGCAAAUAGCUAGUUAGGACGAUCUCCACUUUGCGCAGACCCUGCACAAAAGGUUUUCUUGUUACGGUACUUUUAUGAAACUUGAAUUAACUUAUUUUCAGUAAUUGGAAUGAACUUUUUCUAUUUCAAGCUCUUUUAGUGACUUGUUUUACUGGUGUUUUACAUUUUAAUGAGAUUUCUAUGGCAACCUUUAAAAUAAUGAGACCCCUUUUCUGCUGGUGCAACACAACUGUUCAUGGACAUGUCAUGUCCAUCUGUUGACCCCUUAUUUUUCUUAAACAGACUAUUUUAAAAGUCCAUCCAGGUUUUUAGUAUUGUUAUAAAUUGAGUAUUGUGAACAUAUUUUUUGUGUUUUCAAAUUUGGUCAAUUAAUAUUCCCAGUUUAUGAUACGACAGGUGUCCAUUAAGGGUGUGUUGUAAUGUACCCAGCAUGUCAACAUAAUGGAGAGCUGCUGAAUGAAUGGCUCUUGUGAGACACUUUUUGGGCCACAAGAUGGAAGCACUUAAUUAUCAGGGAGAAUGAUGAUGAAAGAAAAAUGUUGGUCAACUGUUCAAACAUUUGUUUUUUUGUACAUACUUGUGAUAACAAAUUUUCCACUGAUAGAGAACCUUUUAUGCUUUUGUAGCUUCCUAUAAAGUACCUACAUUGGUGUUCACAGUAAAACAGGUGAUUCAUAAGCAAAAAAUUCCAAAAGUCCAUUCAACCAGAGCUGCCAUGUGAUACCUUGAGAGCCAAAUGAAGGAAUGAAAGCACGUUCAAAUAUAUCCAGCUUCUGUGAGGAUAAAGAGGGAGUGCCGGCUGUUCACAUAAGAAUGUUUACACAGACUCAGCCGUAAGUAAACCCACUUAGUAAACUUUUCUCAAAGAAUAUUAGCUCUCUUUCUGCACUGGAAAUGUUAGUAGUGGGGUCUGGAUUGUAGUUGUGUAGUGCUACUAAGAAGACCUUACCUUUAUAUUUUCUUUUCUUAUGAAUGUAUUAGUGAUAUUCUUACAAAUGCUGUAAGUAUUGAGUCCCAUAAUGUGCUUUAAAUACAUUUGUAGUUACCGUUUCAGUGCAAUAACACUGAGAGGAGGAUGAGCCGAUGGCUUCUAUGCCUUCAUUAAUUUGUAUUGAUGUAUGAAUUAUACUUGUAUAGUGUGUUGGGGAUAGUAUUUUAACCAGUAUAGGUUGAUACAGAUAUUUGUGGAUUUUCAUUGAAGUUGCGAGUAUUUUGUGCCUAUAAUCAAUAAAUUGGACCAUUUGCAUGCGCAGUAAUAAAAAUGAUCAGGGUUUAUCCAAGUUGACAGAACGGGACUGAUUGAAAAACGGAUAUACAUGAAUCUUAAUCACCCACUACAGAAACCCAGAUAUGAAUAAACACUAUAAAAUAAACUUGUUUUUUUUAAAGUACAUUUUAUUGUAGACUUCUUACAUUUUUGUACGCUCCACCUCAGUAAAAGUGUUAGUAAAGUUCAGUUGAGUUUUUAGGUUUUUUUUUAGGAUUUAGUCUUGAUACUGGGCUUUUUGCCAAACACUUUGGGAAAUGUUCUGCAACAAAAUGCCUCUUUUAAUAAAAAAUGAACCGAAGAAUUUGAACUAUUCCAAGAGCUCUAGUGCUAAACAAGUAGGCCGUCAUGCGCUUCCAGCCAUGUGAUGUGUCCAUAAUAGUGUUGUUUUUACAGGAUGCACUUGUUGACUUGCAUGUUGGCCUAUGCCCCGAGUGAAGUUAAGAAUAUACAUGAAGGUUGUACUAGUGACGUGAGCAGUCUGAAGCAAUGAAAGGUUUAUCUGUGAUGGUAAGAAUAGAAACAUUCUGUGACUAACACAGUUAGGUUAAAUAACCCAGAAUCUGGAAUUUGCCCCAUUUUGGAAAGCUUUCUACUGACAUGCAGUUUCUACUGAAAAACUGAGAGGAUUGUUCUGUAUAGUUUUGUUAUUAUACCAAAUGUUAGCAUCUGUUUAAUAUACACAUUCAUUCCAGCAAACAAAUGUUAGCUUUUGCAUGUUUUGUCUUGUUACAUACAAUUUAAGUAUUUUUCUUUUUUUUUUGGAAAUAUUCAGUAUGACUUGAGGACACUUGAAAUGUGUAGGUAUGACAAAGUGAAUGUACUUUUCU